UACAGAUCUAGUAUAAAUUCUGAAUGUUACACAGCAAUGAAACAUAACAUGAAUCAUUUUGGGCAAGUAAUCAGUACAAUACAGGCUAGGCACCUCCAACAUGAAGUUGUAUGGGUGGUGUAAAACCCUCUUUGUGGUACCAAUGCUUUUAAUGGGACAGCACUCAGUUUUUAUUUGCAAUUGAAAAAUGUUAUAAUUUGCGUCCUUUUUCCUUAAGUUUGAACAGAAGGGUUGAUCAAAAUGUGUUUUGACUGUUUUAGGCUUGAUGAUUCACACUUCUCUUUAAACUGCCUUAAAGUAAUGAAAUACCAUACAUGGCAUUCUGUUUAAUACACACAAAGUUUGUAGUUGAUAUAUAUUGUGUUAAAACAGAAGAUAGCCAUGUUCACAUCUGUUUCUGAAAUCAGACUGUGUUAAUUAACAGUUUUUAAAUAUUAGUUUUGACAUCUUGUAAAUUUUAGGGCAAAAAUAAAGUCCAGAACUUCCUCAAAGUGCUAACAUUAAAGUAACAUAACAGUGUUUGCCUGUUUGCUUGCCUGGUAAAUUUUGCUUUUUAUACUGACAGACAUUACUAAUGUUUAAAGUUGAUUUAUCAACAGUAUUUUUAAAAACUCAAUUUUGUCUUGUGAAAAAUGAGAUGAUUAGAGGAACAGAAAGAAAGCAACAGUAUUAUGGACUACAAAUUUUGGAAAAUGUGAUAAAAACAAGGUGGAAGAUUCUUCCAAGGAACCAAUGUGAAGGAAUAAAAAAAUAUGUUGUCGGCCUCAUUAUUAAGACGUCAUCUGACCCAACUUGUGUAGAGAAGGAGAAAGUGUAUAUCGGGAAAUUAAAUAUGAUUCUUGUCCAGAUACUGAAACAAGAAUGGCCCAAACACUGGCCAACUUUUAUCAGUGAUAUUGUUGGGGCAAGUAGGACCAGUGAAAGUCUCUGUCAGAAUAAUAUGGUGAUUCUUAAACUCUUAAGUGAAGAAGUAUUUGAUUUCUCUAGUGGACAGAUAACUCAAGUGAAAGCAAAGCAUUUAAAAGACAGUAUGUGCAAUGAGUUCUCACAAAUUUUUCAGCUGUGUCAGUUUGUGAUGGAAAAUUCCCAAAAUGCUCCACUUGUACAUGCAACUUUGGAAACAUUGCUGAGAUUUCUUAACUGGAUUCCGUUGGGUUAUAUAUUUGAGACCAAGUUAAUCAGUACGCUUAUUUAUAAGUUUCUGAAUGUUCCUAUGUUUCGAAAUGUCUCUCUGAAGUGCCUCACUGAGAUUGCUGGUGUGAGUGUAAGCCAAUAUGAGGAACAAUUUGUAACAUUAUUUACUCUGACAAUGUUGCAGCUAAAACAGAUGCUACCUUUAAAUACCAAUAUUCGACUUGCAUACUCAAAUGGAAAAGAUGAUGAGCAGAACUUUAUUCAAAAUCUCAGUCUGUUUCUCUGCACUUUUCUUAAAGAACACGGUCAGCUUAUAGAAAAAAGAUUAAAUCUCAGGGAAACACUCAUGGAGGCCCUUCAUUAUAUGUUGUUAGUAUCAGAAGUGGAGGAAACAGAAAUUUUUAAGAUUUGUCUAGAGUACUGGAAUCACUUGGCAGCUGAACUCUACAGAGAAAGCCCAUUCUCAACAUCUGCUUCUCCAUUGCUAUCUGGAAGUCAACAUUAUGAUGUUCCUCCCAGAAGACAGCUGUAUUUGCCUGUGUUAUCCAAGGUUCGCUUAUUGAUGGUUAGUCGUAUGGCUAAACCAGAGGAAGUAUUGGUUGUUGAAAAUGAUCAGGGAGAAGUUGUGCGGGAAUUCAUGAAGGAUACAGAUUCCAUAAAUUUGUAUAAGAAUAUGAGAGAAACAUUAGUUUAUCUUACUCAUCUGGAUUAUGUAGAUACAGAAAGAAUAAUGACAGAGAAACUUCACAAUCAAGUGAAUGGUACAGAGUGGUCAUGGAAAAAUUUGAAUACAUUGUGUUGGGCAAUAGGCUCUAUUAGUGGAGCAAUGCAUGAAGAGGAUGAGAAACGAUUUCUGGUUACUGUUAUAAAGGAUCUAUUAGGAUUAUGUGAACAGAAAAGAGGCAAAGAUAAUAAAGCUAUUAUUGCAUCAAAUAUCAUGUACAUUGUAGGUCAAUAUCCAAGAUUUUUAAGAGCUCACUGGAAAUUUUUGAAGACUGUAGUUAACAAACUUUUUGAGUUCAUGCAUGAGACCCAUGAUGGAGUUCAGGACAUGGCUUGUGAUACUUUCAUUAAAAUAGCUCAAAAAUGUCGUCGUCAUUUUGUUCAGGUUCAGGUUGGAGAAGUGAUGCCAUUUAUUGAUGAGAUUUUAAACAAUAUUAACACUAUAAUUUGUGAUCUUCAGCCUCAGCAGGUCCAUACAUUUUAUGAAGCUGUGGGAUACAUGAUUGGUGCACAGACAGACCAAACAGUACAAGAACAUUUGAUAGAAAAGUACAUGCUACUGCCCAAUCAAGUUUGGGAUAGUAUAAUUCAGCAGGCAACCAAAAAUGUGGAUAUCCUUAAAGAUCCUGAAACAGUAAAGCAGCUUGGUAGCAUAUUAAAAACAAAUGUGAGAGCCUGCAAAGCUGUUGGACAUCCUUUUGUAAUUCAACUUGGAAGAAUUUAUUUAGAUAUGCUUAAUGUGUACAAGUGCCUCAGUGAAAAUAUUUCUGCAGCUAUCCAAGCUAAUGGUGAGAUGGUUACAAAGCAACCACUGAUUAGAAGUAUGCGAACAGUAAAAAGGGAAACAUUAAAGUUAAUAUCUGGUUGGGUGAGCCGGUCCAAUGAUCCACAGAUGGUAGCUGAAAAUUUUGUUCCUCCUCUGUUGGAUGCAGUUCUCAUUGAUUAUCAGAGAAAUGUCCCAGCUGCUAGAGAACCAGAAGUGCUUAGUACUAUGGCUAUAAUUGUCAACAAGUUAGGAGGACAUAUUACAGCUGAAAUACCUCAAAUAUUUGAUGCUGUUUUUGAAUGCACAUUGAAUAUGAUAAAUAAGGACUUUGAAGAAUAUCCAGAACACAGAACGAACUUUUUCUUGCUGCUUCAGGCUGUCAAUUCUCAUUGUUUCCCAGCGUUCCUGGCUAUUCCACCUGCACAGUUUAAACUUGUUUUGGAUUCCAUUAUCUGGGCUUUCAAACAUACUAUGAGGAAUGUCGCAGAUACAGGCUUACAGAUACUUUUCACACUCUUACAAAAUGUUGCUCAAGAAGAAGCUGCAGCUCAGAGUUUCUAUCAAACUUAUUUUUGUGAUAUUCUUCAGCAUAUCUUUUCCGUUGUGACAGACACCUCACAUACUGCUGGUUUAACAAUGCAUGCAUCAAUACUCGCGUAUAUGUUUAAUUUGGUUGAAGAAGGAAAAAUAAGUACACCAUUAAAUCCUGGGAAUCCAGUUAACAACCAAAUGUUUAUUCAGGAAUAUGUGGCUAAUCUCCUUAAGUCUGCAUUCCCUCAUCUACAAGAUGCUCAAGUAAAGCUCUUUGUGACUGGGCUUUUCAGCUUAAAUCAGGAUAUUCCUGCUUUCAAGGAACACCUUAGGGAUUUCCUAGUGCAAAUAAAGGAGUUUGCAGGUGAAGAUACUUCUGAUCUGUUUUUGGAAGAAAGAGAAACAGCCCUUCGACAGGCUCAGGAAGAGAAGCAUAAACUUCAGAUGUCUGUUCCUGGCAUCCUUAAUCCACAUGAAAUUCCAGAAGAAAUGUGUGAUUAAAAUUAGAAGUCAUGCUGGGUUGGUUGGGUUUUUUGGGGAGGGUUUUCGG